AUGCCAACAUCAAAUAAGAUGUUUGUUGAACAAUCGCAUUUACCUAUGCCACCAUCUGUUUGGUUACAUGUUAAUGGUGUUAGUUUAACAACAGACAUUCAUCAAUAUCAACCAUCAGUUCAUACAUAUGAUUAUCGAACAAAACAUUUACAAAGUCCUGUUCAAACUCCAACACCACCAUUAGCACCAUCACCAACCACUGUUACUUGUAAUAUAACAAUGAUUGAUGGACCAUAUAGUAAUGAUAGGAAUAAACACUAUCAAAAAUUGGAUAAUAUUGAUAUGCCAAAAAAGCUUUUCAUUGAUAGACAUAUUAAAAAAGCUAAAUCAUUACCUGGACUAAUUAAAGGUACUGCUUUAUCACGUCAUACACCUCUUCAUUCAUCAACAUUUACAAGUCCAGCAUCACUAAAUCCAUCAACAAUUAAAAUUCAAGAUGAUCAACUUCCUAAUUUUACAAUUGAUAAUAAUGAUAAUUCUCUUCCAUUAUCUCAAACAGUGACACAUCAAAAUGAUAAUCGUCGUCCACGAGUUUAUUUUGCUGAUUUUAAUAAAGUACAAAUUAUUGACGAUAAUAAUGAAGCAUCUCAACAACAUUCGAUAAAACGUCGCUUUCGACAUCGCACGACAAAAAAACCAUCUAAUGCAAAUGGUAAUAAUUAUACAUCACCAUCAAUUCAACAACCACAAACAUUACAUAAUUCUUCUCUUCCAUUAUCAUAUCAUCAAAUAGGACAAGAAUUAAAUACUAAAAAACAACAAUUACUUCUUACAAACCGUACAAAUUCAUCGCAUAAUACACUUUUUCCUGAUAUACUUAAUCAAUCAUUACCAAAUGAAACUUCAACGAAUGAUAAUUCUAAUGGAAAAUAUAUUUUACAACGUGAAAAACCUUUAAGUUGUGUUUCUAAACCAGUUCAUGAUUUUACUUGUAGUUCAUCAAUGGAUACUUCAUCUGAAAAUAUACGCCAUGCUGGUAAUAUUCAUACAUCAGCAAUACAAGAUUCUCAUAAUCGAAGUCAUGAAUCGGAAUCAAUUGAUAAUAGUAGUGGAAUGUUACUUCUGACUAGUUCAUCAACCUCUUCAACAUCAACUAAUCGUCAACGUUCAUUACUUCAUUCAAUAUCACUUCGACAACAAUUUAAUUCACCAAUUAAAGUAAAAGCUACAGGAAUUUCAACAACAGCAACAGCAACAACAAAUAAUAAUAAUCAUCAUCAACAAACGAAUAAUUCAAAAUCAAAUACACAUCGUUCAAUUUUAACUAAAAAUUCAACUCCAAAACCUUCUGAUGAUAAUGAUGAUUUAAAUUCAAAUAUAAAUAAAUCAUCAUCAAUAAUUGAUAAUCGACCAAUGACUGCUAAUGGAUUACUGAAACAAUUAAAACGUUCAGAUGUUAUUCAUUAUAAUUCUAAAAAUCCGUUUGGAAAUAAUCCAACUAAUGAUUUAAAUGAAAUAAAUCGUCAUAUGAAUAAAUUAAAUAUUCAUGAAAUAAAUCAAGAACGUUUUCAAAAUUUACUAACUAUUGUUCGACCACCAUAUGCUUCAAAUAAUAGUAUUCCACAUAUAUCAUCAACAUUUAUACCAAAUGAUUCGACAAAACAAAUAAAUAAUCAUAAUCAAACAAAAAGAAAUACUCAUUUGUCACGUAGUAGAAGUGCACGUGGAUCAGUUGGAUUACAUAUUGCAUCAGAUACAAUUAUUGUUUAA